AUGGAUGAAGACUACAACUUAUGUUCUAAAUCAAUGGAAUAUUAUGCUGAGUUAGAGGAAUACAAAGAGAGGAUAUUAAAGAAAAAAGAGACAACUGACCUAAAAACAACUGAACCUAAACAUGCUUUUGCAUUACAGGAAGAGAUGCAAACAUUCAUGAUGAAACAAAGUGAACGUCAACAAGAGUUUAUAGAACGACAGAGUCAGCGACAGCAGAUUUUUAUGGAAAAACAAAGUGAACAGCAACAGGAAUUAAUGGAAAAAAUCAGUGGAACACGGGAACAUUCGAAAUUUUUGAAGUUGCCAAAACUUGACUUAACAUCGUUCAGUGGUAAUAAGCUUAAGUGGCCUGAGUUUUGGGAUUCAUUUGAUUGUGCUGUUCAUGGUAACGACAAGUUGUCUGAUAUUGAGAAAUUCAGUUAUCUACGAAGUAAGUUAGUGGGAGAAGCAAAGGCGUCCAUUUCGGGAUUGGCGCUUUCCAAUGAUAAUUAUUCAGUAGCAAUUGCAUUAUUGCAGGAUAGAUAUGGAAAGAAACAAGAAAUAAUAGAUCUCCAUUAUAGCAAGUUGAUGACUAUCGUUCCUCCUACGAGUAAAACUGAUAGCCUUCGUUUCUUCUUAGAUACGAUUGAGAAGCAUCUCAGAAGUUUAGAAGUGUUGCGGGAAAAUGUGAAUCAAAAUAUGUUUGUAUCAAUGAUAAAGUCAAAAGUUCCAAAAGACGUACUUCUGCAUUUGGAAGUUCAAAAGGGUUCUGAAAAAGAAUGGACUGUUGCAGACUUAAGGAAACAGUUGAGAGCAUACAUUAUUGCAAGAGAACGAACAGAGCAGGACGAUUCUCCAAAUAGUGGCAAUAGUGAAAGGAGUAGAAACUUUUGCUAUGGAAGGUCAGUGAAACCAGCUAAUUUUAAAUACAGGAGAUAUGACAUGAGAGGUAAAGAUAAAUUUGUAAAUUCGCGUCGGAACACGGAGCAUACAAUGUCAGCUGAGGCCUUGGUAUCUACGGACAAACCACGUACCCCGAAAAGUUAUGCUGAUCAGUGUAGAUACUGUAAGAAGAGUCACUGGAGUGACGAAUGUCCGACUUACCGGACCAUAGAAUCACGCAAAAAGAUGCUGAAAGACUCUUGUUUUAAAUGUUUGAAGUUCGGACACCUUAGCAGAGAAUGUAAGGGAAACAAGGUGUGCGUUUACUGUGGUGAAAAGAACGUCCACCACAAAAGUUUAUGUCCGAAAAAGUUUAUACAUAAUGCAGUUAAUGAAACUGUUCAUGUUAUGGAGGAAAUAACAACAGAGACGGGAUUAGCUGAAAGUUCGGACGAAAAUGUUUUAGUCUCAACGGGAGAAAUAGUGUUAAUGCAAACUGCAUAA